ACAGAGAGAGAGAGAGAGAGAGAGAGAGGAAGAGAGGGAGUGAGAGAGCUCUCUGGCUGAUCUUUUUUUUUACCCCGAUCAGAUCGAAGAGUUUGCGUCUCGGAGUUCGAACUUCGGUUGCUCCGGCUUAAUAGAUCCAAGCUUCACCACAAUUCGCCGUCGUUGUUUCAUUAUCGACAAGAUCUAUCGAGUCCGUUUGUUUCGGUGAUUUCUUCAGUAAAUCUCGUCGAACUGGAGAAUUAUCUGAAGUCUAAGCUCAAUUUCUCUUCCACAAGCAACGGAGAAGAGAAUCAUCUGUUGAAUUCUCAGAUCUAAGUUGCUAGCUACAGAAUUCUUUAUAAUUUAAAUUUGCGUCCGAGAAAAUCGUGAUAAUUCACCGCGCAUAGAGUUAUUUUGAAAAAAAAUAUCUAAGAACCGUUGAAGCUGUCGUUGUUCAUGGAGCUUCCUCAACCUCGUCCCUUCAAAGCUCAAGGGAGAAAACCAACACAUGAUUUUUUAUCGCUCUGCAGUCAUCCAACUCUCCAGCCAGAUCCAAAUCCUACACCACCACCUUCUUCUCAAGGUAGCCACUUGAAAACCCAUGAUUUUCUACAACCGUUAGACUGCGUUGGUGCUAAGGAAGAGACGAGUAGGGUUGACACAACCAGGAUAGCUUCUGAGAAGCCACCUCCGCCUGCACCGCCUCCACCGCUGCAACACGUUCUUCCCGGUGGAAUAGGAACGUACACGAUAAGUCCUAUUCCUUAUUUUCAUAAUCAGCAGAGGAUUCCUAAGCCGGAGCUGUCACCACCCAUGAUGUUCACUGCUGCUGCACAAGCGGGUGGUGGUAAUGAGAGAAACGUUGUGGACGAGAUUUCGAACUCUAAUAGCAGCUCAUACGCUGCUGCAGCAAGCGGAUUCACUUUAUGGGAUGAAUCUGGUUCUGGGAAGAAGGGACAGACAAGGAAGGAGAAUAAUGCUGGAGAGAGAGCUAGCAUCAGAGCUGAUGGUGCAGCAACUAUGGGACAGUGGCCAGCGGUAGAACGAAGGUCACAGUCUUUGACAAAUACCCCUUUGAGCGGUUUCAGUUCUCGCUCAUCCUCUCAAGGGUCUGGACUGAAGAGCCAGAGCUUCAUGGACAUGCUAAGAUCAGCAAAAGGAACUUCACAGGACGAUGAUUUAGACGAUGAAGAAGAUUUUGUCACGAAGAAAGAAAGCUCCUCCACUAGCCAGAUCCAUAGAGAUUUGAGGGUAAAAGCAGAGGCGAGAGGUGUUGGUAACGAUCAAAAGCUGAACACGCCUAGGUCCAAACAUUCUGCUACUGAACAACGGAGGAGGAGCAAGAUCAAUGAUAGAUUUCAAAUGUUGAGACAACUAAUACCUAACAGCGACCAAAAGCGGGACAAGGCCUCCUUCUUGCUCGAGGUUAUCGAGUAUAUUCAAUUCUUACAGGAGAAAACAAGCAAGUACGAAACUCCUUACCAAGGAUGGAAUCACGAACCUGCCAAGCUAUUGAAUUGGGUAAAUUAAUAUAAUCGCAUUUUCAAACCAUACCUCAAUCUUCAU